AUGGAAGAGGAUUACGACGAAGAAAACCCCAAUUCUGUCGAAGAAGAAAACCCCAAUCCUGUCGAAGAAGAAAACCCUAAUCCUGUCAAAGACUACCAAGAGAUGUUAGAUGUUAUGCUAGCUCUUCCAGGCCGACAGCAUCUACCACUUCUGUUUAACAGGCACAAAGAAAAAAUUUCUCGGGUGAUUGCUGGAAUAUUUAGAAGGAAAUUCGAUGGUCCUUACUACAGUUGGAAGGUUACUUCUAUUCACAUUCAAGAGAGAUAUUUCAGGACAUUUUCGCAGAAGUUCUAUUUGGGUACUGGGAUAACUAAGCUUGUUAAAGACGAGUUCUUAAAGAUAGCCAAAAAACAAAUGAAAAGCAUUGUUAGUCAAGCUAAAAACAGUGGUAAACAACCUAUUUGGAUUCGUGGAGAACUGUGGGCUGAGAUGUGUGCUCAUUGGAACGAACCUGAUGUAAUAGAGAGGAGUUUAAAUGCUUCACAGUGCAGAAACUCCGAUCGUGGUGGUCUUGGAGUCCACAAACACCUUGCCGAUCAGAAAUCAUAUGUGCAAAUUCAUCAAGAAAUGGAGGAAGAAUUGGGCCGUCCGAUAUCAUUUGCUAAACAAGUAGCUGAAACUUAUGAGAAAACAUUAGAGGAGAAACUGUGUGAAGUGGACGAUGAUGGUCCAGAAAAUUCAGGGAAUUCUUCUGAACGUUCAAGUCAUCGUACUCUCAGCAUUGAGGAAAAGAAUGACAUCUUUCUUAAGUGUAGUCAAACAUAUGAGAAGGGAAACCUUUUUGGUCUUGGAUCUCUUGUUGAGACACUUAGGAAAGGGAAAAGGAAAGAAAUCGAUGCAGAAUUUUCUCCAUCAACACCAACACUUCUCGAGCUUCAAGAACAACUUCGCAACAAGAUAGCUCAUCUAGAUGCUGAGAAUGCCCGACUUGAUAAGGAGCAUCAAGAAUCUCAAAUGAAGACCAACGAGCUUCUCAUCUACAUGAAAGAGAUAGAUCCAGGAUUUGAGACUUUUAUUGCUUCCUUGCGUCCAACCGCACCUGAAGACAUCAUACCACCAGCCACCGCGUUAGACACAACACCAGCCACCACAUCCUCUUUCUCCAUUUACCCAAGUUCUAAACAUUGUCGUUUCUAA